CAGCCACCUGGCUCCGCUGUUUGAUAAUCCCAAGCUGGAUCGUGAGCUGCGCUCCAUGCUGAGGGAACGUUUCCCCGAGUUCUGCACCUCCCCCUCGCCCCCCACCGAGGUGAAGAUGGAGGAGUCCGUAACCAUGGAGAUGGACAACAACGUCCUGGACAAGGAGGAGGGUUGCUACGACGCCACCGAGGCGGCCUUCAGCGACGACGAGGAGGAGGUGAACAACAAAGGGAAGAAGCAGCGGGAGUUCCGCUUCCAGCCAAUCAAAGAAGAGAUCAUCGAGGAGCCGGCGGACAUCACGCCCUUCCAGGACCAGCUGGAGGACGUGAUGAAGGACAAGGUCCUGCAGCUCCAGAAAGCUAGCGAUGCAGAGAACCAGUGCGAGGUGAUGCAGGACAUCGUAGACCUCAUCCUGGAGGACGACUUUGACCCUGAGCAGAUGUCCACUCUGGCCUCCUGCCUGGCUGAGCUGUUCAAAGGUCACUUCAGAGGAGACGUCCUACCAGACGAGAUCACCGAGGAGUCUCUGGAGGAGUCGGUGUGUAAGCCGGUGUGCCUGGUGUUCAGGAACCUGUGUACCAUGCAGGAGGACAACAGCGGCUUCUCGGUCCUGUUGGACAUGCUGGCCGAGCUGUACCAGAAGCAGCCCAAGAUCGGCUACCACCUGCUGUACUACCUCAAGGCUAGUAAGGCGGCGAUGGGGAAGAUGAGUCUGUACGAGUCGUUCGCCCAGGCCACGGCGCUGGGGGACCUCCACACCUGCCUCAUGAUGGACAUGAAGGCCUGCCAGGAGGACGACGUGAGGCUGCUCUGCUACCUCACGCCCUCCAUCUACUCCCAGUUUCCAGAUGAGACCCUGCGUAGUGGAGAGUUGCUUAAUAUGAUUGUUGCCGUUAUCGACUCAACACAGCUCCAGGAGUUGAUGUGUCACGUGAUGAUGGGGAAUCUUGUCAUGUUCAGGAAGGACUCUGUACUCAACAUCCUCAUUCAGUCUCUGGACUGGGAGACGUUCGAACAGUACAGCACCUGGCAGCUGUUCCUGGCUCACAGCAUCGCCAUGGAAACAAUCAUCCCCAUCCUGCACCAUCUCAAGUAUAAAGAACACCCGGAGGCUCUGUCCUGUCUGCUGCUUCAACUGAGGAGAGAAAAGCCCAGCGAGGACAUGGUGAAGAUGGUCCUGAGUCGGCCCUGUAACCAUGACGACCAGUUCACCACCAGCAUCCUGAGGCACUGGGCGGCCAAGCAGGACGACGCCCUGGGAGAGCACAUCAAGACCCAGCUGAUCAAGAACAACAACCAGCCCCGCAAACGACAGAGUCUGCGUAGCUCCAGCAGUAAGCUUGCUCAGCUGACCCUGGAACAGAUCCUGGAACAUCUGGACAACCUGAGACUGAGCCUGACGCACACCAAGAACAGCUUCUUCAGUCAGACUCCCAUCCUCCAAGCCCUCCAACACGUCCAGGCCAGCUGUGAUGAGGCCCACAAGAUGAGGUACAGCGACCUGUUCUCAUUGGCUGAGGAGUACGAGGACUUCCAGUCGAAGCCUCUGAAGUCCCGCCGUAAGGCUCCGGCCUCUUCGCCGCGCUCCCGCAAGGGGGCGGCGCCCCCGGCAACCGAGGAGGACAGCGUGUCCAGCAGUGCCUCGGAGGAGGAAGAUUCGAAGCCGAAGGCGCCCAAGAGGAAGAGGAAGUGCUCGUCCGCUGUGGGCUCCGACAGCGACUGAACCAAUCACAGAGCAGCGCCAUGUGGCGAGGGCCUGUCAAACCAAGUCGGGAUGGGGGCGUGGCUACGGUGUGGGGGCGUGGCUACGGGGUGGGGGCGUGCCGAUUGGUCCUCCAGGGAUCAGAGGUCAGACAUUGUGAUGCUGCACUUCUUUAACGAUCGCCAAGGAUUUUAUUUGUUUUACCAGCUGGUCUCUUCUCAUUGGAGGGUAUCAACUCCUCUCUCUCCAUUGGACGGUAUCAACUCCUCUCUCCUCAUUGGAGGGUAUCAACUCCUCUCUCUCCAUUGGACGGUAUCAACUCCUCUCUCUCCAUUGGACGAUAUCAACUCCUCUCCCCAUUGGACGGUAUCAACUCCUCUCUCCCCAUUGGACGGUAUCAACUCCUCUCUCCCCAUUGGACGGUAUCAAGGCCACGUACCCUGGGAUUGGAUGUUAUAAAGGCCUUGACUGGAUGAUUGAAAAACACUUUUUCACUUAUUUCUUUCUACUGACCUAUUUUCAUAACACAGCUGAGUGCGAACCAAUAAAAUGGCUGAAAAC